UUCCACUCCUGGCAUUGUUUGCCAUGCGAAGCUUAUUAUAUGUUGGCCAUGGAAGUGGGAAGCUAUAAAGAAAAGGCACCCCGCCCAUGAAUGAAUGUUUAUGUUCUCUCAUCACGCGCACUCCAUUCAACCAUCUUUCACCCAACACGCUUUCUCUUUUCCCCUUUCCCCAAUUAGGGUUUUUAACUGUUCCGAAUUUGACUUUUGGUAGACGCAGAUCCGAGUGAUCUACAGUAUUUGAUCUGGACAGAUGUUAAUUCGUGACAAAGAUGAUCAUAAAUUAUCAUAUUUGAUAACCUCACGUUUUCCUCAUGAUUUCAGAAUCCGAUCUUCAUAAAUUAUGUUGGGUUUUCGUGAUUGUUUAGGUGAGGAGUAGCAGAUAUUUAGUGAUUCGGCAGAAGAUUUACGAGAUUAUCAAUUUCAGUAUGCCGUUUAGUUGGAAGAAGAAAACUAGGUGCACGAGGUUUUCGCAAUUGGUCGCCGAUCAUCUUCAAUCGCCGAAACGCGGUGGCUCUCUUGUUGUGGAAACCGGUUUCCCAACGUCUCUUAUUGAUCUCUACGUCAGGAAUCGCGGUCGUUUUCAUAAAUCCUCGGCGAAGAAACAGAGGGAAAAUGAUUCUCAGACUUCGUUGUCGACGUCGACGUCUUCGUCAUCAGGUUUGUUCGUAGAUCCCAAUAAUUUUUCGUCCGGUAAUUCGGAUUAUACGAGAAGUGAUGAAAUUAUCGAGGAGGAUAUUGUUGUUGAGAGUACGGUUUCGAGCGACGAUAAAAUCGAGAUUGACAAUCCUACCAAAUCGGAAGUGGAAAAGAAGGAUGAAAUGGCAAAGUUGAAUCCGAUAUUGGUGGCUGCAUUGAAGGUUUUGUUUAUGUUGGUUUUGGCGUUAGGAACAAAGAAAUUUACAGUUGGGAUUACAUUGUCAGCUUUCCUUCUUUUCUUCCUGGAAUCGGUAGUGAAACCAUUGUUGUGGAGAUCGAGCUCAAUAAGACCUAGUUUAGAUUCAAAACCUCAAUUUGAAUCUAACUUCCAUGAAACCAAGAAUAUCAAAAGAUCAAAGGAGAAUACAACUCUUGUUGUAUGCAGCGAAGUCUUGGAGAUUGAAGAACAAGUAGAAUUAAAGGAGGAGGUUAGAUCGGAGAAAGAAUUAGACGAAGUUAAAAGUGAGAUUGUGAUGGAAAUUAGGCAUAAGACUUCUCGUAGAGCUAUACUGAAAUCAAGAAUGAAGAAACUUGUACCAAAGAAACUCCAUAAGUCUUCCAUUGGUUCAAAAGGCGAAAUACCUUGUGGGUUCAAAGAAGAAGAAACAGUGAAAUGUGUUCAAGAUCUUAAACCAUUACUCAUCUGUAAUGAAUCUUCAGAUUCAAAAGGUGAGACUUUGUGCGUCUUGAAGCAAGAACAGGACAAGAUUGUAGAAAUAGAAGGACGACCUUCAUCUUCAUCAUUAACUUUAUCAAGUGAAACUGAUUGCAAUGACAAAGAUUUAGGAAAUGGAUCACAACAGAAUUCUGGGUAUUUGGUUCUGUGCUUGAUUGUUCUAAUUGGACUGAUUGGAGGCCGGAUUUUGGCACUUGUACUUGCAUUAUCAUGGUGCUUGAUGCUGAAGAAGGCACAAUGGAGAAGUGUAAAGUUUCCCAACUCCUAAUCUAGAUUUGUUUUUUACAAUCUUUUUUUUCUUUUUUCUUUGUGUCUAAAUCUUGUUGUUCCUUACUUGUGCACAACUUUAUUUAAGGAAUAGAAAUAUACCUAUAGGCUA